CUUGGAUCCGCGGGACGAGAAAAUUCAUGCGUACUGUGAGGAAAGGACACGACUCUAUGGUGAGGACUGAUGGACAUACAUUAUCUGAGAAAAGAAACUACCAGCCUCCAGCUCUGAGCUUUCCAAUUCCCAGAGUAGCAAAUGUUGAAAGAAGUUGCACGGGUGACAAACAGCAUGUUUGGUGCUUCAAGAAAGAAGUUUGUAGAGGGGGUCGACAGUGACUACCAUGAUGAAAACAUGUACUACAGCCAAUCUUCUAUGUUUCCACAUCGGUCAGAAAAAGAUAUGCUGGCAUCACCAUCUACAUCAGGUCAGCUGUCUCAGUUUGGGGCAAGUUUAUACGGGCAACAAAGUGCACUAGGCCUUCCAAUGAGGGGGAUGAGCAACAAUACCCCUCAGUUAAAUCGCAGCUUAUCACAAGGCACUCAGUUACCGAGCCACGUCACGCCAACAACAGGGGUACCAACAAUGUCACUUCACACGCCUCCAUCUCCAAGCAGGGGUAUUUUGCCUAUGAAUCCUAGGAAUAUGAUGAACCACUCCCAGGUUGGUCAGGGCAUUGGAAUUCCUAGCAGGACAAAUAGCAUGAGCAGUUCAGGGUUAGGUAGCCCCAGCAGAAGCUCGCCAAGCAUAAUAUGUAUGCCAAAGCAGCAGCCUUCUCGACAGCCUUUUACUGUGAACAGUAUGUCUGGAUUUGGAAUGAACAGGAAUCAGGCAUUUGGAAUGAAUAACUCCUUAUCAAGUAACAUUUUUAAUGGAACAGAUGGAAGUGAAAAUGUGACAGGAUUGGACCUUUCAGAUUUUCCAGCAUUAGCAGACCGAAACAGAAGGGAAGGAAGUGGUAACCCAACUCCAUUAAUAAAUCCCUUGGCUGGAAGAGCUCCUUAUGUUGGAAUGGUAACAAAGCCAGCAAAUGAGCAAUCCCAGGAUUUCUCAAUACACAACGAAGAUUUUCCAGCAUUACCUGGUUCCAGCUAUAAAGAUCCAACGUCAAGUAAUGAUGACAGUAAAUCUAGUUUGAAUACAUCUGGCAAGACAACUUCAAGUACAGAUGGACCCAAAUUCCCUGGAGAUAAAAGUUCAACAACACAAAAUAAUAACCAGCAGAAAAAAGGGAUCCAGGUGUUACCUGAUGGCCGGGUUACUAACAUUCCUCAAGGGAUGGUGACGGACCAAUUUGGAAUGAUUGGCCUCUUAACAUUUAUCAGGGCAGCAGAGACAGACCCAGGAAUGGUACACCUUGCAUUAGGAAGUGACUUAACAACAUUAGGCCUCAAUCUGAACUCUCCUGAAAAUCUCUAUCCCAAAUUUGCAUCACCCUGGGCAUCUUCACCUUGUCGACCUCAAGACAUAGACUUCCAUGUUCCAUCUGAGUACUUAACGAACAUUCACAUUAGGGAUAAGCUGGCUGCAAUAAAACUUGGUCGAUAUGGAGAAGAUCUUCUCUUCUAUCUUUAUUACAUGAAUGGAGGAGACGUAUUACAACUUUUAGCUGCAGUAGAGCUCUUUAACCGUGAUUGGAGAUACCACAAAGAAGAACGAGUAUGGAUUACCAGGGCACCAGGCAUGGAGCCAACAAUGAAAACUAAUACAUACGAGAGGGGAACAUAUUACUUCUUUGACUGUCUUAACUGGAGGAAAGUAGCUAAGGAGUUCCAUCUGGAAUAUGACAAAUUAGAAGAACGGCCUCACCUGCCAUCCACCUUCAACUACAACCCUGCUCAGCAAGCCUUCUAAAAAGACUUCCCUUUUCUUGGGGUAUGGCUGUCUCAGCACAAUACUCAACAUAACUGCAGAACUGAUGUGGCUCAGGCACCCUGGUUUUAAUUCGUUGAGGAUCUGGCAAUUGGCUUAUGCAAAGGGUCACCAUUUUGAGGUCCUGCCUUACUAAUUAUGUGCUGCCCAACAUCUAAAUUUGUUAAUUUGUUUUUCUCUAAUUUGAGCAGGGUCUGAAUUUUUUCAUUUAUUUUCUUUUUGCCAGCAGACAGACUUGGUCUGUAAAGACACGCAAGUACACUGACAAGUUUACCAGUUACUUUCUAAAAUGUAAGAAAGAAAACCCACAAAAGACUCAACAAAAUUAGACCACAAAAUUUGCAUUGUUCAUUGUAGCACUAUUGGUAAUAAAAUAACAAAUGUUUGUGCAUUUUUAUGUGAAGAUCCUUCUCGUGUUUCAUUUGGAAAGAUGAGCAAGGUCUGCUCCCUUCAUUUUACUUCCCCUUCUGUUUUUGAAAGGCAGUUUCGCCAAGCUUAAUGCAGAAUAUCUGACUGUUUAGAAGAAAGAUAUUGCCACAAUCUCUGGAUGGUUUCCAGGGUUGUGUUAUUACUGAGCUUCAUCUUUCCAGAAUGAGCAAAACACUGUCCAGUCUUUGUUACAAUUUUGUAAUAAAUGUGUACAUUUUUUUUAAAUUUUUGGACAUCACAUGAAUAAAGGUAUGUAUGUACGAAUGUGUAUAUAUUAUAUAUAUGACAUCUAUUUUGGAAAAUGUUUGCCCUGCUGUACCUCAUUUUUAGGAGGUGUGCAUGGAUGCAAUAUAUGAAAAAUGGGACAUUCUGGAACUGCUGGUCAGGGGACUUUGUCGCCCUGUGCAUUAAAGGGCCAGAUUUUCAGCAGCCAAGGACAUCCAUACCCAAGUGAAUGUGAUGGGACUUAAAGAAGUGAACUGAGACAAUUCACUCUGGCUGUUUGAACAGCAGCGUUUCAUAGGAAGACAAAAAAAGAUCAAUCUUGUAUUUUCUGACCACAUAAAGGCUUCUUCUCUUUGUAAUAAAGUAGAAAAGCUCUCCUCACUGCAGUGUUGACUUUGAUUUGAAAUUGUGACAUUAUUUCUCCAACAUGAAAAAUAAAGGGAAAAAAAGAAGUUUUACAAAUAUCAAACUGAAUGGUGACUAAGCAAUUUAAAAUGAAAUCCUUUUUUUUUUUUUCCCAACUUUUGCCAAGUAAUGUAAUGGAGCCAUAUGCCAUUUCAUUUGUAGGUUAAAAACUUAGACAUUCUCAGUAUUAGCCAAGUUCAAAACAGAAAACUGUUUUUAAAUGGAUUAUGGCAGCACUAGAAAUAAAAUGCCCCGAACACUCUUGGGACCCAAUCAGAAUACUUUCUUUUAUGCGAAAUUUCUUGAUAGACCUUUGGGAUAUAUCUUUAAGAGGUAAUGUGCAAAUUUAAGGUAAGUCAAAAAAAGGGAGUGGGACAGAAUUUCCCUUCAGUUUGCUGGCAUGGAUAUGUGUGAGUUAUGGAUUCUUUUCCAUCUAAAGACAAAUAAUGUAUUUUAAAAUGCCUGAAGGCUGAAGAUACCAAAGCAGAACUAGAGAGAGAGUGAAGAAAAAGAGGCUGUGAGUUUUGAUUAUUUAAAUUUUCAUUUUAUAUUUCUAUGUAGAGUGAAAGUUGGUUGACAUUUACCAAAUCAUGUUUGAAAAUGAAACGUUUAUGACAUUGCUGUGUUUAUGUAUCAGGAAUAUAAAGUGACUUAAAAUUUAACUUUUUCUAUGUAUUUUAAGAUAUGAAAAACUGACAUAAAAAUAUCAACAUUUUUUUAUCUUUCAGAAUUUAAACCAAAGCAUUUCCUUAGUAGGAAAGAUGGCACUUAUGUAAUUAUAGUUUUAACUAUUGUACAAAAAAAAGUCUUCACAGAAAAACUACACCAUUUUUAACAUAAACCAGAAUAAAAUCCUAGAAAUUGAUAUCUUAAAAAAAGUAAAGAUUACAUGUUUUCAUAAUAAUUCAAUUUGUAAAGCAUAACUUUUCCUACAAAACCAUGAGAAGGGUGGGAAGAAAAAGACAACAGGAAGGAAUCUUUAUUCUUAUGAGUACAAACAUAACAAAGGAUCUAGACAAAGUCUCAGCUAAAGCAGAUCAUGAUUGGUACUGUAUGGAUGACUCAGAAAAACAAUAUAGAUAGCCCUUAUCAAGUGCUUUGUUGCCUUGGCUCUAAUUUGUUCUUUUUUAACUGCCAUAUGUAGAGUUGUAAGUGCACUAUUUCCCAGUUUUCUGAGUUUUUUCUUACCCUGGGCCAUCAAAACAAGGAAACCAGUUUUUUAUAACUUGUUAAGAUCCGAAGGUACCAUGUCUUGACUUCAACUCCAAGUUUAAAAAUUCUGUUUGAAACCUUUUAAAAAUACUACAUUAAACUCUUUAAUAUAACACAUUGUUACAUUCCUUAGUUUUAUGAUUUGGGGUUAAACAUGUUCAGAAGUUGACAUAAACUAAUUUCACAUUUUCUUCCUUAGAUUUAAUUUAGUUAAUUUUUUCCCCAUGUAAUUAGUGACAUGGAUGUGUACACUGUGUUAAAUUUUUGAGAUUAAACCACAACCACAAUUGGCCUUCUGAAAACAAAAGCUAUUUAGUUGCAGCGGGAAGUCCUUUAAGCAACUUAGUUGUAAGUAUUUAUGUUUCUUGUUGUGGUACUAUAAUUUCUAUAAUAAAACUCCAUUUUCCAGGAUUUUUCAUUGCAUAAAUAGUUUUCCUUAGAUAUAAAAAAUUCUAAUUAAGAACUGAAGGUUUAUUUGAAUUUUUACAGUACAUAUAAAGCCAGCCACUUAAAUGGUCUUUUCCUUUUUGCCACUGAAAUUGGGACACCGUAGGUGCUUGAUGAAUACUUGUUGAUUGAAUGGUAUAAGUUGACAAUUCAAUUUGAAAAUAAAAUGUACAUAUUAAAGCUUUGGGCUUUGAAAUAAUUACAAUCUUUUGCUGUAAUUUCAUUUUCACAAUAAUUUGUUUUGUUUUCAAUUAAGUUGCAAAAAUUUCAGCUUUUUCCCACUCUCCCAUUUCUAGCAGAUUCCUCAUCUGAAUCUCCUUGCCUCCCUUUCAUUCACAAACCAUAGAUCUUCCAUUCUGUUAUAUCCAUUGCUCAUAAAAUAUAUGGUAUCUGAGCAUGGCUGCGAAGGAGGAAUCUCAUAGUUCAUUUAACUUAGAUAUGCUUAGUAACAUCAAUUUUGUGAAAAGUUGCUGAAAACCUGAAUAUGCAUGUGUGUAAACAGAAGAUACCGGUACUGAGUGCUCUCUUAACCAUGGUUUGUCUAUGCAGUUAAUAAAGAAGACCUAGAAAUAUACCCACUAACUAGGUUCCAUUAAGACAGUCUUUAGAGAAUAAGACAUAUCUCGGUGUCUUUACUUUUUAAAAGCUGGGUUCUAAUGACAUCUUGAGGCGAGGCUCUUUUUGCCACUGGCAUUACCAGUUAAUUAGAUCAUACCAUGCAUACAUGACAAAGCUGGGCGAUAAAGCAAACAAUUGAAAGUAAAAAUUGGGAUCUAAAUUGAACCUAGUAGUUUGGUAUAUUGAGUUGAAUCACAUAGGAUACAUUGAAUCAGGAUAAUUAUUUGGUGUUUGCUCUUUGGUUGCUAAAACUAUAAAAGAAUAAAGGAUGGCAGAAUAUGACAUGGCUAAAGAGUGGUUAAUAUGUAGGUCAAUGUGAAUUGUGAUUCUGCUGCCAAAAGUACUAAUGUAAUCUUAGGCUACAUUAAGUGCUCAGAACAAGGUAAGGUGCCAGCUACACUUGAAGUGGUCAUGCCAGCCAUUUGAAAGUUGAGGUCCAGUUUGGAUGCUGUCUUUUAAAAGCUUCCUUGACUGGGAAAAUAGAAGGCAUGCUUUCCAGCUGCAAAGCAAUAGACGGUUGUACAUACAUUGUUGUAUCCCGUCUUUUGAAUAGCAUUAUGAGGUAGAUUUUAGUAUGCCCAUUUUACAGUUUGCAAAUUUAAAAUGUUAGACAAAAAGGAAGUAAUGGCACUAGAGAAUAAACUUUGGAAACUUGUCUUUCUUCAAAUUAAGAGCUGUCAAUGAAAGGCAAGUCAAGCUCAUUUGUGUGACUGAAGAGAACUAGGACCAGUAAGAGAAGGAUUUCAGUGAAAUAUAAAAAAUUAACUGAAGAAAUUAGUUUCCAAUUUUGAAAUGAGUUGCUCUGUAAGAUGUUAGAGUCAAGCUCAUAGAACAUAAUCAAGGACAGACCGACUAAACAAUGUUGUGUGUAUAAGGUAAGGAGUUGAACUGGAUGAUCUUGAAUGUUUCUGUGGUUCUUUGAAAAAGUGCUGAGGGGAAUGGAAUGAUUGCUGUAUUUCAGCAAAUCUAAUUGCCAACAGUUGAAAGGCACACCAUUAUUUCACGCACCACUAAGAAGAAAAAGUAGCCCAAUUAAACUAUGACAAGCCAUCAAUUGUAAAAUGCAUCCAAAUUUCAAAGAUGUGUGGAAAAAAUGUGUAUCUUAGAACUGAUGAGUGCUUGGAAAAGAGACAACUAAAAGACAGUUAAGUUCAUCAAAAACAAACAAAAUAUUAUUUUAAAAAAGGCAGGUGGGGUGGAGACAUGACAGCUGUCUUCAAAUAUUGGAAGGACUUAAAUUAGGAGGAGGGCAAGUCUCAAACCAGCAGGUGGAAGUUAAGUGAGCAGAUUAUGGUUGUAUAUUAAGGUGCUGUGCCGCAGCAUUAGCUGCUUCGUAAAAUAAGGACCAUAUCAAUAAAAAUGUUCAAGCACAAACUGGAUGACUGUCAGAAUUGCUCUUUACAAGCUUGCCUUUUUGAGUGAAAAGUUGGAUUUGGUGACUUUUAGGCCUUUUUUCAACUCUUUAAGAUGUUGAUAUCUUUUUCUUGUUCUGAAAUUGGGGAAUAUGAUAUCAUCAAGGGCUAGAAAGUGUAUAAAGCACUGAACCAGCCUUAGGUGUGCUGUUCUGUGAGUCGUGGAUAAGUUCACUUUAAAUUACCGCUCUAUCUUUUGAAAGAAAUUUAACCAACAAAGGCUGGCUAAAGGGCGACUGUAUUCAGCUUACCUGGCUGUUGUUUUUUAACAUUAGGAACAGGAACAUAAAACUUAAUAGUAAAUCAUUUGUAUGUGUAUAUUCAGAUUUGUAUAUUUAUCUUAGUUUUACAUUCAAAGAAAGGAACAAAAUUUUUGAUGUUUUGAGGUAAAUGUGUAGCCUCGAAUUACAGGUGGCAUUAGUGUGCCAUCUCCUGUUUCCUGCUACAGUAGUGAUCACAUGCAUUAGAUUUUGCAAUACUCCUAUUUCUUAAAAAGAAAUUUGAUCAUUAAGUUUGAUGUUUAAAAGGCUCAAUUUGGAUUGAAAUAGCACCAGAAACUCACCAGAGUCAAAGUUAUCCUCUAGUUAGGAAAUUAAUGUGCAUGAGAGUCAUCUGGAGAGCAUGUUUAAAACGUCAGUUUUAGGCCUCAUCUACGGGCAUUCUGAUUUUCAGAUGUCUAGGGAGGUGCUAUGGAGCCAUGGUGGCACAGUGGUUAAGAGCUACAGCUGCUAACCAAAAGGUCGGAAUCAACUUGAUGGCAAUGGAUUUGGUUUUUUCUUUUUUGGUAGGGAGGUGCCAUAAUACUUCAGCAAAUAUCGUAAGUCAUUUAUCAUAAAAACUCAAUAUUCAGAGUCUUUAAAAAGCUAAUGAUUUCCAUUGUUAACUAGUUUUCCCUUAGUCAUUUAAAUGACUUCCUGAAAAUGUUAUGAAAUUUACAAUGAUAGUGUACUGUUAACCAUAAUUCUGUUUUGAAAACCCAAAAUACUGCAUAAGUAGUCUAAUAGCUUAUCACCAGUUGACAUGUUAAAAUAUUUUCUCUAAUAAUAAAACUAUCUUCUGUGUAAAAAACCCACUGCCAUCAAAUCAAUUCUGACUCAUAGCGGCCCUAUAGGACAGACUAGAACUGCCCAUAGGUUUCCAAGGAGCGGCUGGUGGAUUGAAACUGUCGACCUUUUGGUUA